UUGCAAGGUUCCUCAGCACUGAGUGCAGUGUUCAGACAGCUCCACUCAUCCAUGGGCCCGGCCUCCCUGAAGUAAUGAAAGUGAUGGCUAUACUACUGUUUGCUCAGCAAAUCUUUCUAGCACUCUUUGUGACCUUGAGGCAAAAUGUUCUGGGUAAACCCUAUAUUCUGUCACAGUACCCAAAGAACAUUGAGAAGAACCCAGGGGAAUCAGCUACUAUCUUCUGUCAACUUUCCAAUGAAACAAUCACUGAAGAUACGAGUCUGGUAUGGUACAAGUACACACGUAAGGACAAAUGCAAACUUGGAGAAAUCAAUCUGAAGACAAAAAACAUUACAGCAAUUGACCAAUUUCAGUUGAUGUGGGACCAUGGCAACUACACAGCAAUAAUGUCAGUACGGCAUCUGAAGCUGAAUGACUCCGGAUCAUAUGGUUGUGAGCUAUUUAACGUCGCUGACAAUGUUGAAAUCAGGAAAGCCGGUGCAACAAACAUCACAGUUGUCUUUACUGGACAGACAAUCUCUCCAGAACCAAGGAACAACACGAACAGCACAAGUAUUGUGACAGAUUCCACAAGCGUGGAAACCAAUAUUCACAUAAUACUUGCAGCAGUAAUAGCUACUUUUGUCAUCAUCUGCCUAUUAAUUUUUAUUUUAAUCAGAUACCGACCAAAGAAACAAGAUCCAGAUACCAGUCCCCCUACAGUGGAAGCCAAUUGUCAGAAACCAAAUGAUCAAAUUUCCACUGUGUUCUCCGUCGACUACGCUGUACUCCAGGUCCCUGAGAAAAAUAUUCGUCAGAACCUAACAACAUCUGUUGCUUCCGAUGAUUCAUACUACGCUACAAUUAUAUUUGCUCCUCAAUAGCAAACUGCAGGUGUGCAGAAAAUUACCAGUCAUUACAGAGAGAAUUCUGUGUAUGGUUUAGUGACUCCCGACGAUUUAGCUUUGUGAGAUCUCAGACAUUACAUAAUAUAAUCACACGACCUUCUCUUACACUCUUUUUUUACUCAAAUAUCUCAUUUUAAGCAAAGAAUGGGAUUUUGACCACAAAGGGGAGUAUAUACCUAGCCCGUACAUUCCUAAAUAAAAACAGUCAAUGCUGGAAACAGUAUCUUUGGAACAAGAAACAGAUUAAACAUUUAAUGAUGAAGACCCUUCAUCAUACAGUUAUUUUGUGGUGAGAAGAAUCAACUAAUCCUGGAGAGAAGAUGGAGUGUUUAAAAGCUGCAGCAAGGACGUGUAGAUUCCUUCAAUGGCAACUUCAAGAUGAUUAUCGUUGAAGCUUCAUUCAUUCAUUCACAGACAGGUGGAACAUACAGUUGCUGCCUCCAGCUUUCCUUAUCCCCGGACCCUAAACAUUAACUCAUGAUCUCAUAGAUAGGGUGCUGGAUUUUAUUUUUAUAGUUAAAAUCCUGAUUGAUAACACUGCACAUAUUUGUAGUGCCUCUAUAAUAUAAUGGCACUUUCAUAUAACAGUGUCAAAUAUUUUAAAUAUUCUUCACUUAACCUGAGACACGCAGAAUAUAUUAGAUUGUAAUAGAUACCAGUUACUGUACACACCCAAGCACAUUCAGAUGAUUUACAUAAAAAUACUGGAAAUGUACCUGCACUUUGAAAGCUGUAAAAUAGCAUUCUGAAAUUCAACAUUGAUAUUACAGGUGCCCACACAUUUAAAGAGUGUAUCUGUGCUUUGAAAACUUACUGAUUUAAUCAAGUCAAUUAAUGCAGUUUAUGUUAGCCUGUUUUAGAGUGUAUGUUUUGUAAGGAACCAGGUGUCUGAGUUCUAACAUUAUGCUUGAUAAGCUAUCGCUCUCCUGAAAAGGUCUUCAUUUUAUAAAGCAAACAGAAUCAUGUUUACAUUUUACCUUGCGCAUCAAGGAGGAAGUCCAUGUUGCACCAUAAUUAAAAGUAACAAAUUACAAAGUUACACAGUGAUGUAUUAUAAAUAAUGAAAGGACUAACCAGCAAGAAAGGCUUCAUAAAUUAGGAAAUUCCUCAGACUCACCCAUACCUUUCCCAAACUUGUGAAGGAAAUACUAUUUACACAAAAUUAUGCAGCCUUUUGGGACACAUUCCAAGUAAUUCCUUGUGUAAUAGAUGUUGUGCACAAACUGUGGGGAAGACUUGAUGAAGGCUGGGUGUGUCUUAUACAGCAAAGGCCUAUGACUGUUAGCCAGUUUUCAAGGGAAGUCCUCAGCAAGAAACUUCACCCACCACUGAGGCACACUAUAAGUUCAUGCACACUCAGUGCUUGGACUGACAACUAUCUGAAUAAUGGUUAAAAGUUAGGCAUUGCCCUCACUUUUACAAACUGUCUUCUUCGAACUAAGGUUUUGUAUAGAGCGCUCAUAGAGUCAUUGUAAAUGUUAGAAACUAUGUGACUUUAUAUCUGCACUUUUGCUAUUCUAAUGUUGAAAAGUCUAACAGUAAGAGCUCACAUUCUCAUUUAGCUAAAAAUAUCAAAAUAUAAAUGAAAAUGUGGUAAAAAUACUUCAGAUUGCAUUCGCUAACUGUACAGAUUGCAAUCCUUACAAAACAUGUUAAUUGUAUUAUUAAUUAAUUACAUUCUUAAGACAUGGGUUGCAAUAGGAUUCAAAUAUUUUGAUAUUUACGGCAAUAGAAUUAUCUGUCCAUGGACGUUUAGUGUGUAUGGUUUACAAGGAGAUACCCUUUGAGCAGAUGAUUAAGAUUUCACAUGUUCACUUUCUAAGAAUACAAAUCAUAAAAGAUCUACAAGAUUUGAACAACAUAAGAGAUCUAAAUUGAGGAAUCUUUGUCUUUGGGAGCUAGAGCUAUGGAUAAGAUCAGCUUGAUGUCUAAUGGUGUACUGCUUGGUUUCCUUAAGUCUCACAUGAAACACAUUGCAGUGUUUGGGAGUCAUUAAAUCAGAAUAGUUUUUUUCACAAAUCCAUCCGUCCUGUGUUCCAAUAAAUCUUAAAAGAUUGUACCAUAUGUUCUGAGAAACAUAUAGAAUGUAAAUAAAAGACAGCCUAUUUAUUAAAUAUAUAGUGGGGGGGAAAUGCUGAUGC